UAAAAUGGUGGUAGGAUGAAGCAGUACCUUAAAUCUUUUUCACUUUGCAGUGUCAUGUACAUACUUUGCAACGAGGAACCUCUCUGGAUGAGUAAAUAUCUUUCUGUUGGUGGUCAUCUUGAGUACAAAGGUUCUUGGAAGAAAACAACAUUGUCUAGGCUUAGUCUUUGCUCCGGAAAUAGUGAGCUUGAGCAGAAGGCUCGUCAUUUUGAUGGAUUCAAUUCCUUGUUCUUAUACAGGAGAUGGUAUAGAUGUUUUACUACUUUGAGUAAUUAUUCCUUUGACAAUGGACAUGUGGAAAGAAAGGAUGACCUUUCUUUGGAUCAUUUCCAUUCUCAGUAUGAUGGAAAAGGCCCAGUUUUGCUUGGUAAGCUGGCUGAAACCUGGCCAGCAAGGACUAAAUGGGCAAUUCAGCAGCUGGUGCAUGAUUAUGGUGAAGUUACAUUUAGGAUAUCACAAAGAAGCCCUAAGAAGAUAAUAAUGAAACUGAAAGACUAUGUUUCUUACAUGGAACUCCAGCAUGAUGAAGAUCCUCUUUAUAUAUUUGAUGAUAAGUUUGGAGAAACAACACCAGCACUAUUGGAAGAUUACAGAGUACCUCAUUUAUUUCAAGAAGAUCUUUUUGGUGUCUUGGAUUAUGAACAAAGACCUGCUUUCAGAUGGCUUAUUAUUGGACCAGAAAGAUCAGGUGCCUCUUGGCAUGUUGAUCCAGGGUUAACCAGUGCGUGGAAUACUCUUCUUUGUGGCCGAAAAAG